AUGCUGCGCAGCAGACACCAGUCCACGCAAUCCACCAAGGAAACUCCGUCGUCGUCGUUGAACGUUGACCCGGCCACGUUUGUUGUCAAGUUCGACCUCAAUCGCUGGGCCCAAUGCACUCCCAUCACUACGUACAUCUUGGCGCUGUGCUCGCCUCAAACCAAGACGUGGUGGGUCCUACGCAAACGGUUCUCUGAAUGCUACGCCAUCCGUCAACAGCUCGUUCAUCUUCCAGGGGUUACCCAGCCCGUCGCGUCCAUGAUCCGCCCCAUGUCCUUACUGAAGUUCCCGCGACGAAAGAUCCAGGGCGACAACGACGAAAUCAAAGCCGAGCGCGCCGCUGGACUUCAAACGUUCACCGCUGCGCUGGCACGCAUGCGUCAAGAGUGCAUGGCCCUUGCAAUGUCGAGAGUAGACACCGAUGUCCUCGAGCAAGUCGACCUGCUCUACUCCGUCCUCACAACCUUCCUCCAUGUUCCCUUGCUUCAGAUUCAGGAGGAGGUUCGCCAAGUGGUGUCGACCACCGUUGCUGGCUCGCAUCGACUUUGUACAUCGCGUAGUGACGACGAAUGCACGAAUGGUCAUGUGGAAUGCUCAAUAUGCUUGGAAGACUUGGCGGGCGAUGAGCGUCUCGUGCAGCUGACCUGUGGCCACACGUUCCACAAGAACUGCGUCGGCGGCUGGACCAAGUGCCAUUUCACGUGCCCACUGUGCCGAACGGCGUCAUACGACGAGAGCUACUUGAUCAGCUGUACCGUCCACGCCAUCCUGAGCGACGAAACAGGCACAUUCUUGGCGCGCCUUCGGCGGUGUCAAGCCACAUUUGACCACGUGGGUCAGUCCCCCGGCAUCCUCCUGGACGGUCCUCGGUUGAUGGAGCGAUCGCCAGUGUUGGACUCGGUCUGCUCAGUGUGUUUAGAAGAUCUCGACGACUCAUCUCAGCAUCGCCAACUCCACUGCGGCCACGGAUUCCACCCCGCGUGCAUUGUCAAGUGGCUGAGCUCCCACACGACGUGCCCCGUGUGCAGAGCCGAGGGUUGCCACGGAUACAUGGGGUCGUGACGAUGUAAUUGUAGUUAGUUUAACCAUACUACCGGUAAUCUACAGUUUUUGAGUUGCCAAAGAUGGUCGACAUUCUAUUGUAUGUGGUGAACUACUCUCCCUAAUACGAGCGUUUCUAUCUGCAUGUUGACUCAAGUAGACUCUGGUCUACGCUGACUUUAACGAGUAUUUUGCACGUUGGACGAAUCAUCCAUGGACACCCGUGACUACCGACCGUUUCGCAAACAUUGGCCCUUUGCUAGUUGGAUUGGGCAGGAGGGGGGAGAAGGUGACCGUAGCUGGCGUGUUUACGACACAACGGGCACGACUGGUUGUCGGUGAGCCAUUGGAAGAGGCAUGAGUUGUGGAAGGCAUGGCCACAGUGCAGAUACACAGCAUCCUGCAGCGUUUGGUCUUCCAGGCACACCACGCAGCACUGCGGCACGUCCAACGAUCGUGUCGGUAGUGCAUGAUGUGAUGGCGGUGGCGAGCUACUCCAGUCUUCGUCCCGCCGGUAGUUGCCUUCAGCUUGGAAGUGGAUUGGUGGUGGCACCUGCAAGAACAAGUCCAGACGCUUGCUGAGGUACUUCAAUUGACACGACGGUGUCACAUGCGAUAGAGCUGUUUGUCGCAGGUUCGCCAGCUGGACAGUAAACGCUUUCAAAGCAGCGCGUCGCUGGUGCUUGGUGCGGUCAGACUCGACGAGAAAAGGACUUCGCGUGGGAAAUGGUGUCAACACAACGGGCCCGAGGACUUCGUGUAGGUCUUGCAGCUGCGCCGCGUGCCGCGAGUGCUUGUGCAACGCCACGAGUUCGCUCCGAAACGAACGAAACUGGGAGAACCGUUUGCGAAGAAUCCACCACGUGUUGGUUGGCAUCGAGUUGACCUCGAGCACGUACACUGUAAAUGGUGUUUGCGUUGGCCUUCCUUGUUUGACUAGCAAGGCCGUGGCGCCUACGGACACACUCAUCCUGUCAUGUUGUACUUGGUCACAGCAACUUGUGCCGUGGAAUGCCUGUUCGCCACUUGGCAUGGAUUCGCGGCCGUGACCUUUCCGUUACGAAAUGCC